GUCAAGGGCUAAAUUGGAAACAAAUUUUCUAUAUAAUAAUUAUUGUAACAACCUUAGAUUUGCACAUUGGAGCAAAAUGGCUCUUCCCAAUAAUGAAAAGGGCAAAAGUCUACUUCAAGUCCUCUCUUCAGUUGAAUCAAUGCUAUUAACUUUCUUGAUUUUUUCACUUAUCACAUCUUCAUUAUCUGAGAUCUUCUUUGAAGAAAGAUUUGAUGAUGAUUGGCAGAGCAGAUGGGUGAGGUCUGACUGGAAAAGGAGUGAAGGGAAAGCAGGCUCCUUUAGGCAUACAGCUGGGAAAUGGUCUGGUGACCCUGACGAUAAAGGUAUUCAGACGACAACCGAUGCCAGACAUUUCGCCAUCUCUGCUAAGAUACCAGAAUUUAGUAACAAGAACAGAACAUUGGUUGUACAGUACUCUAUUAAGUUUGAGCAGGACAUUGAGUGUGGUGGAGGUUACCUAAAGCUUCACUCUGGAUAUGUCAACCAGAAGAAAUAUGGUGGAGAUACCCCUUACAGCAUGAUGUUUGGACCGGAUCUCUGUGGUACACAGACGAAGAAACUUCAUGUUAUACUUUCCUACCAAGGCCAGAAUUAUCCGAUCAAAAAGGAUCUACAAUGUGAAACAGAUAAAUUAACCCAUUUCUACACGUUCAUUCUUAGACCUGAUGCAUCAUACAGCGUCUGGAUAGAUGGCCGAGAAAGGGAUUCUGGAAGCAUGUAUACAGACUGGGAUAUCCUUCCUCCUCGGAAAAUUAAAGAUUUGAAUGCGAAAAAG